GCCUCCCGGUGAGAGGUCAGGGGGAGGGAGCGCGGCGGCAGCGAUGAUGGCGGCCUCGAAGCCGCAGGGCGGCGCGCAGGGAAAGCCGGGCCGGCGGCGCGCAGGAAAUAAGCAUUCAGCUGCUCUGAAGAAUGAAGAUGCUGUUCAGAGGAAAGCAGCCCUGGAAGCUGCUAUUAGAAAGAAAAUUGAAUUUGAGAAAAAAGCACUAUAUACUGUUGAACAACUGCUGGAAGAGAACAUUACUGAAGAGUUCCUUGUGAAUUCUGGAAAAAUUAUUACACCGUCUCACUAUAAAGACAUUGUUGACGAACGUUCUAUCAUCAAACUAUGCGGUUAUCCUCUGUGUCAAAAUAAACUGGAAAACGUGCCAAAACAGAAGUACAGAAUUUCAACGAAAACAAACAGAGUUUAUGAUAUUACUGAAAGAAAGUGUUUUUGCAGCAACUUUUGCUAUAGAGCAUCUAAAUAUUUUGAAGCUCAAAUUUCCAAAAGUCCGGUAUGGAUGCGAGAAGAAGAAAAACCACCAGACAUAGAGCUGCUGAAAGAGGGACAGAGUGGUCAGUCUGGAGAAGAGGUGAAACUAUGUGAUGAAGUAAUUAAAGCUUCUGACAUUGAAAAUCCUAGGGAAUCUUCAAACCCAUGUGAAUCUGGUUUUGCUGGCACUGUCAGUGACAGCAGUAGUGAUACCGAACAAGAAUUUGUUUCUUCUGUUCUACCAGGAAGUCAGUCAAGUUCAGCCAGUCUUGCACAACAAUUGCACAGAAAAAGUAUCCUCAAAAAGAAACAUUUUCAGAAAGCAUAUUCCAGCCCUAAAAAUGAAGACUUGGAUGUGGUAGAAGCCACUGAACAACUCUCUAAUUGUAAGCUAACUGUAACUCCAUCAAAAAAUACUAUUCCUGGAAAAUCAAAUACUGCAGAAAACUAUGAAAAUACCUGUAGUGGUUCACAGAUAGUUUUUUUGGGUGUGAGCAAAAAAGGGGCAGAACAGCUUAAAAGGAUGCUGGCUAACUCAAAACAACAUAAAAAGUAUGAACUGAGGGAUCCAGUUAAUUGUCUGGCUGCCAAAGGCAGUUUAUUAGAAGUGCUUAAGCAAACCUUUAUGGAAUGGAGAACUGAAGAAACUUUAAAAUUUCUCUAUGGUUCAGACUAUGCUUCUUUGUGCUCAUCAGAAUGCACAUCAGCUGCCAACCAAGAGAAUGAAGAACUUGAUGAGGAUGACUUAGAUGCAGCUGAUGAUCUUAGUAGUAUUGCUACAGGGGAGUCUGAAAACAGUUUGAACCGUUCUUUACCUUUUAGAGGUUCGAGUGGAGUAAUUAAGCCUGUGCCUAGUUACGAAAAGUUAAAAGAAGAAACAGAAUUUCUGGAACUCCGAGUAAAAGAGUUCUAUAAAGGAAAGUGCAUCAUGGCUGAAGAGGCAGUGACGCAUGCACAAGUAGAGGAGCGUCACAGCAGAGAUAAAGAUGAUCAACAGGAAGAUCUCACCUUCCCACUUGUUGAUUCAAAUGCACAAAUGCAGAUUAGAAAGAGGAUUGUCCUUGAAAAACUGAGAAAAGCAUUACCUGCAGUUUUGGGCCCUCUUCAGAUUACCUUAGGUGAUGUUUACACAGAGCUAAAAAGUCUUGUCAAAACUUUCCGGUUAACAAACAGAAAUAUUAUUCACAAAAUGCCCGAAUGGACUCUAAUUGCUAUUGUCUUGUUAUCUGCAUUGUCACAAGUUAUUCCAGUUUUCAAAAAUAGUCAGAAGAGCCCAAUGUAUACACAGUUCCUGUCUACAUUACUAGAAGAGCUGCAGUUCAAAAAUGAAGAUCUUGAAAGUUUAACGAGAAUAUUUAGAAAGGACAACUUACCUGAGUGAACAAGAUGGUCAUCUUAACAUCUUCUGCUGUCUGAAGUGGUGGAAUUGGGUAAAGAAGAGGAAAAAUGAAUGUUAGCACGGAGGGCUAAGGAAACUUCUGCUGGCAUCUUUCCUGUUGACUCAGUGCAUGAAACAGUAUUCUCUAAGAACGAUGAAGACAGUUUCCAAAGAUGUCUGGACUACAGCCUGUUAACGUGCUACUUCUAAGAAAAAGGGUGAUCUUUUGAACUUGUGUAAAACUUAUUUUUAAGCAUUCUCUAAUUGUUAGUACUUUGGGCUUUAAAAUAGUUUUUUAAUAACAAAAGACUUGAUUUUUGGCUUUUGGUAGUCAUUUCAUUUACAAUAGUUGUUUUGUUUAGAUUGAGAAUGUUUUGACUUGUCCCUAUUACUAACUAAUUAGAAAAUGAAAUUUAAAAUUAAUCCACUUGUAAUUCUCAGUGAUGUUGUAAGAUGGUGUAUUGUAUAGUUCUCAGUUCAUAGCACGCUGUCCUGUGACAGGCUGGAAAAGAAAGUUGUAACUGACAGUGCUUAGUCUGCAGUAAAUGCCAUCACUUGUUAUGGCUGAAGCAACACUUACCAGGACUGCUGCAUGGGAGCUCCAUUGAGAAACAAAGAUUUUUUUUUUUCUUUUGUCUUCUUUCUGUAAUUAGAUACCAAAAGGGAACUCUGCACAUAAUUAGUUUAUUACUGGGUAAUUCCUUCAUUAUAAUCAAAAGAUAAAUAUGUUGAUUUCCCCACAGCUUUGUCCCUGGAAGCUCCAUUGUACAGUAGAGCUUAUUCAGGGGAUGCAUGCUUUUUCGUAACUUACCUGGUAAUAGGAAGUUACACUCAGCUUAACCUGUAAAAGCAAUCAUUUAGAAUGAGGAAGACCUUUAAUGCAGAGUUAAAGCUGUAUGUUUUUCUAAGUAUGUAAUAGGGAAAAAAAAUACCCAUCACAAUUAGAGUGUGUCUGAUGUCAAAUUCGUAAGAAUGCAUGAUGUAAUCUAGAUGCAUUGUUUUGUACCACGAUGGAAAACUCCUUACUUAGAUACAUAUGGAAAGAAGGGACAAGACCUCAUCAAAAGAUCAAAAGAGAAGUUUAUAGAAGACUGAGUAAUGGGUAAGAUACCCUGAGCAAAAAUAAAUCUUAAAUUUUUA